AUGUCUUUGGUAGUCUACACUCUGCUUAUCGUCCUGUGCAAUGUUUGGUGCUUGAUCUGUGGGGCUUCUGUGGCUGUGCCAGAUGUUGCCGUGAGAUGUGCUGAAGAAGUGCUGCUGCCCUGUAAAGUUCUUCAGGACUCCUCAAUCACCUACCAGACAGCAUCUUGGUAUAAAAUGGAUGGAGAUGGCAAAGGAAUAGUAUGGAAAGCCCUUGAUGUGGAAUCUCAUCACCCAAAAGAACUUGGGAGGUCCCUUGAGCUCUCCAAUGACACGUUCUUUUCACUGAGGAUCAAAAAUAUAACCACCCACAACAGUGGGACAUACAAGUGCACUUUGGGAGAACAGAGUGGAGAACACAACCUGAGCAGCACAGUCACACUGAAAGUAACAGGUUGCCCUGGAAUAGAAGAUGAAAAAUUAAAAAAAUACAAAGCUGAGCUUCUCAUGCUGACUUGCCUUGGGAUUUUUUACUUGUUGCUCAUCAUUUUUACCUGUACAUGUCUAAGAAAAGAAACCAUGUCUCCCAAUUAUCAAAAAAACAGAUCAGAUAUGAAGCACAUGCUCACUCUCAUCAAUGUACGUGAAAUGACAACCUUCCAGGACUUAAACAGUGACAGCACUUGCAAAAAUGGACUCUCUUCAAGUUCUGUCUAA